AGAAGACAUUUAUAACUUCUACUUAUAAAAACCUUUUUUCCGCAACACAUCCUUUUGAUUUUAUCUUUCAAACUAUGGAGAAACGUACUCUGCUAGUCGUUUUGGUUGCCACAAUCAUAUCUUUGUCUCAAGGACAAAACCAAGAAUCAUGGGCCAAGAGAGUAGAAGCAGGCAAUGAAGUCGUAACCACUCUUCAAUUCUAUUUUCACGACAUCCUCAGUGGUUCAAAUCCUAGCGCAGUCAGGAUUGCCCAAGGCACAAGCACUAAUAAUUCAGGCACCAUUUUUGGAGCUUUAAUGAUGGUCGAUGAUCCUCUCACAAUUGGACCUGACCCCAGAUCCAAGAUUGUAGGACGAGCCCGUGGCAUGUAUGGCUUUGCUGGUCAAACUGAUCUUGGACUUAUUAUGGUUUUUAACUAUGGUUUCAUUGAUGGCAUUUACCAGGGAGGUUCUUUUAGCCUUUUAAGUAUAAAUCCAGCGUUGAAUCCUGUUCGUGAGAUGGCUGUAGUUGGCGGAACUGGUCUUUUCCGACUGGCUCGUGGGUAUGCCAUUGUGCAAACUUAUUCGUUUGAUGCUACUACUGGUGAUGCUAUCGUUGGCUACAAUGUUACUCUUGUCACAUACAUUUGAUAGAGUAACAAUGAAUUUGUCAAGAUAUUAACUUCUUAAUCCCACUUUUCGUUUCUUAAGACAUUUUUCUUUUUUGUAUUUCUUCCUUUUCGGUGUUGUUUUUGUUAGAGUAUAGCAUAUAUGCCUAGAUUGAAUCUCAUGUUUGAUUUAAAAUGUAU